UUGAAAAUACACAAAGAAAAUAUAAAAAAAAUUAUUUCAGUAUUAAAAAUUGUAUUUGAUAAAUUUUUUGUAUAAUUGUCGUCGCAAAGACUCAUUCACAUUAAUCCCUUUUGUAUUGAUUUUUUUUUGUAGAAAUGUCUUUAGAAAAUUUUGAGGGUCUAACCGAUGUUGAGCUUCGCCGCAAGUUGCAGGAAUACGGUUUCCCGAAUAUCCCCAUAACGGAAACAAGUCGUGGUUUUUUAGUGAAAAAACUUAAAAACCAUAUAAAAAAUCUAAAAAGUCGGAAACACUCAGCAAAUGUGUGUGUAACGCUACGGGCCAAGCAGGAGCAGGAAAACUUGGUUACAAGAGACAACGACUGGAGUGAGCACAACAUGGAGAAAAAUACGCGGGAGGUUAGCGAUUCCGUAAAACUCGAUCGGUUGGAACAAACCGCCACCAUUGACAGCGUCACGCAAAGCGCCGAUGAAAUAUAUCAACCAGGGCAGAAUAUACGAAUGCGUAACCAAACUACAAACCAACUGCUUUCCAUGUCAAGUGACAACAACUCAAAUGGGUAUUUCGGUAUGAUUUACAAAGUAUGUGGCUUGCAAGAGAUUUACACAAACAGUGUGUGGUGGAGCUUUACGCUAUUUUUAUUCGUCAUCACAUUUAUCUAUAUGAUGAAAACCAACAAUCAGUGGAAGCACUUUAAUGAAGAUGGCAUGCAUUAUGUAACCUGUGAGAGACUUCAUCCAGGGAAUCCUUUGUUGCGACCGCCAUUGGUGUGUAUCGAUAAAGCGCGUCUAGAGCCAGCGUUGGCGAUUGUGCGCAAUUUGAUGGAGCAGUUACGUAUUCGCGCCGAGCGUCAUUUUUGUUACGAUCACGCACAACCAGAAGCUAUGAGUGUGACCGAAUUUACCAGAUCACUGCUCGAAGAGGGUAGCACAGUCGAUAUGCGCAGCGUUAGAGAUGCACAAUAUCUAAUCACCUGCAAUCCGCAAUGGAAUAUUGAUAUGGUCGACCAAAGAGGGUCUCCAGCCAUUUUCAACGGAGUUGACAAGAUACUCUCCAACAGGAAUACAUUUUUUGUUCUGAAACAGCUGUAUCUGCCUUUACCUUGUUCUCUAUUGCUUAAGGCGCGUACGUUUAUAAGUUUUGUUGGACACGUGGCCCUGCUGAUGUGUGUGCUUAUAUUGAUCUUCCUUUCUUAUUUGUAUGUGCAUCGAAUUCAGGUGCAACGCCUAAGGGCUGUACAAAAUUUACUUAACAAUAUUAUUCGUGAGCUACGGCAGCGUGCGAUUGAGAGUGACAGUCCUGAUGAACGCGAAGUGGUUGUGAAUCAUCUGCGCGAUCAGCUGAUACCUAUGAGUAAUCGAGAAUGUGAGCUGAAGUUUUGGAAAGAGGCCUUGGAAAAGUUGGAAGCAAAUAAUAGUUGUGUCCGAUUUGACGUGAAGAUACGUGAUGGAGAGGAGUUGCGCACUAUACGAUGGAUAGACAAUAACACACAAUUAAUAGCUGAGGGUUUGAACACAGCCAGCGGUGGUACGAGUGAAGUAGAAACCAACUGUUAAGUUUAGAAUUGUUGAGUGAUAUGCAAUUAUUCUGUUCGAAGAUUCGUUAUAAGCUGUAUAACAAUAAAGGUUUACUUGUAUCUUGGCAAUA